AUGCACGACGCCAUGGAGUUUGGCUUCCAGGCGCCGCCGCUCUCGGGCAACCACGCGUCCGCGUACGCCAAGCAGGUCGACUUGAACACGCCGGCGAUCGCCAUCUCGGUGCUCGGCCUCCUCUUCUUCGCCUUCGUCAGCACCUUCCGGCCGCUCGUGCUCGUGCUCACGUUUUGCGGCUACGGCGUGCUCUUCUCCAUCUACCUCUGCAACUGGGUCUUGGCGAAAGACGAUGGUACGCCCGAGAUGCGCGAGGUCUCGACGCCGAUCCGCGAAGGCGCCGAAGGCUUCUUGCGCAUCCAGUACUCGGCCAUCUCGCGCAUUGCGAUCGGCUUGGCGCUCUUGAUCUUCUUUAGCUACGCGCUGCGCACGACGAGCGCGCACGCCACCGGCGUCGAAGUGCUUGGCAACUACAUGCUGGGCGUCCUUGGCGCACUCUCGUUCCUUCUCGGUGCCGUGUGCUCGGCUGGGGCCGGCUACAUUAGCAUGUGGGUCUCGGCGCAGUCCAACAUUCGCGUCACGAGCGCGGCGCGCCGGUCGUACGGCGAGGCGUUGCUCAUCUGCUUUCGCGGCGGUGCGUUCUCGGCGGUCCUCGACAUUACGCUCUGCGUCGCCGGCGUCAGCAUCCUUUACGCCGUCUUGUACAUGAUGUUUGGGUCAACCGUCGCGGCCACGGACAUCCCUAUGCUCAUGGUCGGGUAUGGCUUUGGCGCGUCGUUCGUCGCGCUCUUCAUGCAGCUCGGCGGUGGCAUCUACACCAAGGCCGCUGAUGUCGGCGCGGAUCUCGUUGGCAAGGUCGAAGUGGGCAUUCCGGAAGACGACCCGCGCAACCCAGCCGUGAUUGCCGACCUCGUCGGGGACAUGGUUGGCGACUGCGUCGGGAGCAGCGCCGACGUCUUUGAGAGCGUCGCCGCCGAGAUCAUUGGCGCCAUGAUCCUCGGCGGGUCGCUCGCCAAGGAUGCGCACUCGUCGCUCGCCAUCUCCUUUGUCUUCUUCCCCAUCGUCGUCCACGCCUUUGACAUUGUCGUCAGCAGCAUCGGCAUCCUCUGCGUCACGGCGCCCGGCCCGCACGAGACGAACCCGAUGACGACGCUCCAGCGCGGCUACACGGUGACGCUUGGCUUGGCGCUCGUGGCAUUUGCGAUCUCGACGCGCUGGCUGCUGCACACGGAGGCCGCGCCGAGCGCGUGGUUCCACUUCUUCCUCUGCGGCCUCGUCGGCAUGGUGACUGCCUUUGUGUUUGUCAAGUCGACGCAAUACUACACCGACUACGCGUACGAGCCCGUGCGCAGCAUUGCGCGGGCGAGUACGACGGGCCAUGGCACCAACAUCAUCACGGGCGUCGCGGUCGGCAUGAAGUCGACCGUGAUCCCAACGCUCAUGGUCAGUGUCUCGGUCAUUGCUGCCUACCACCUCGGCGCGUCGUCCGGCAUUGGCGGCCCCAACAACCGAACGGGCGGGCUCUUUGGCACGGCGGUGGCGACCAUGGGCAUGCUCUCGUCCGCGGUGUUUGUCCUCGCGAUGAACAACUAUGGCCCGAUCGCAGAUAACGCGGGUGGCAUCGCUGAGAUGAGCGGCCAGCCCGACUACGUGCGAGACGCGACCGACAAGCUCGACGCCGCCGGCAACGUCACGAAGGCCAUCACGAAAGGGUACUCGAUCGGGUCGGCGGCCCUUGCGUGCUUUGUGCUCUUUGGUGCCUUUAUGGACGAGUUCUCGGCGUUUGCUGGCGUACCCUUCAAGACUGUCGACAUUGCGACCGUCGAAGUCCUUGUCGGCGGCCUCCUCGGCACCAUGAUGGUCUUCUUCUUUACGGGUCUCGCGGUCGCGGCCGUCGGCGACACGGCAGGCGAGGUCGUGCUUGAAGUCCGGCGGCAGUUUGCGCUCUACCCCGGCAUCAUGGAGUACAAGCAAAAGCCCGACUACCGGACGUGCGUCGCGCUCGUGACAAAGGCGGCACUCAAGCAGAUGCGCCUCCCAGGCCUCCUCGCCGUGCUCAUGCCCGUCGCCGUCGGUCUCGUCUUCCGCGUCGUCGGGGCAUACCAAAACAAGCCGCUGCUUGGCGCCGAAGUCCUCGCGGGGUACCUCAUGUUUGGCACGGUCACGGGCAUCAUGAUGGCGCUCUUCCUCGACAACGUCGGUGGCGCGUGGGACAAUGCGAAAAAGUACGUCGAGCUUGGCCACCAUGGCGGGAAGGGCUCGGAGGCCCACAAGGCUGCGGUGACGGGCGACACGGUCGGUGAUCCGUUCAAGGACACGGCGGGGCCCGCGCUGCACGUCGUCAUCAAGCUUCUCUCGACGACGGUCCUCGUGCUCGGCCCGCUCUUCGUGACACGUGUGGCUGCGUAA